GAACCGUAACGAGGGUCCUUACUAUUCUAGGCUCGCCGUCAUACCGAGCCACACAAGUGGUCUGCAAGAUGGAUCGAGUAGCUAUCCCAUGGGUUGGCUGGUCUCUUGGACAAAAAAGUGGCACUGGCUGCUUUUCUCCGAGGGCUGAACUAGUUUAUCAUCCCAUUGAAAUGAUCUUUUUCCUACACAGUCUUCUCUUCAUCUCUCUUGUUGUUGUGGUUUGAAUCAGAGUCCGUUCAAGCCAUCCACAACCAUGGGUGUCUCCAGAUUAUACCGUGUUGCUCUCUUUGGAGCUUCUGUUCACGCCUUAGCAUAUCCCGGGCCACAGGCGACAGAUCGGGUUAUCAUUCCUUCAGACGCGCAGACUCCUAGGCCAACACUUCCCCCGACUCUUCAUCAUGAGCUUUUCAAACGUCAAGUUUCCGGGAGCGCAAGCGGCUCUGGCUCCUAUGGCGACACUAUCCUCAUUGCUCCAGACAAUACUUGUGGUUAUGUGAGCGGAUUACCAGGCGCCGCUUUUACCUGCGUCAACCCGGCCAAUUCUUGCGUCUUCAUUCCUUCCUCUGGCUCGAUACCGGGUGCUGCAGGAUGCUGCAACACCAAAGUUUGCGGCUUCCGUGUUGCUUGCAUGGACUAUAGCGAGGUCCUCGUCCAGAGCAAAUGCGAUGAUGGUUGCAUGGCAGACACUUACACCGCGAAGUGCACGGGAACCGACUACCCCUAUUGCGGAACCAUUGCCUUCCCCGGUGGCAUCACCGAUUACUUCUGCGAUACUCUCAGCGGCUCGCGUGUACAGUCGGCCAAGACGACCUGGGACGGCGAGACCGACGGCCGCACCUUUUUAACAUGGACAAACACCGGCAGCAGCUCCACCCUUGCCGUUCCAACUGUCGAGUCCAGUAGCACCGGUCGCGCAAGCUCAACCGCCUCCUCGAGCUCCUCCGGCACCGUCGGCCUGGGAGGAUCGUCCACCGAUCCCGCCGACCCCGACCAACCGGAACCGAAGAAGGAAAAAGGAGGAAGCAACAUCGGCGCCAUCGUCGGCGGAGCCGUCGGCGGUCUAGCCGUCAUCGGUCUCGUCAUCCUCGGCAUCGUCUGGAUGGUGCGCCGAAACAAGCGUCACAAUAACAACACCCCCGACACUCCCGCAACCUCCGCAGCAGCAGCAGCUCCCGGCGGCGGCCACCCAGGCCUAGCCAACUCCCCUCCACCACCAGCACCCAGCCCGGGUAACCUCGACCCAGCGCUCAACAACAACUCCCACAACAGUUACUACUACGCCGGCGGCGGCGGCCAACCGGAUCCUAACAAGGUCCCCGUCAUGACACAACACUACCCUGCUCCUGCCUCGCCCCCUCCUCCCGCCGAUUACCACAACAACAACCAACAAUGGAACAACAACAACAACAACCCCAACGGCAGCCCAACAUCAGGCUACAUGCCCCCCUCCAGCCCUGCUUCUACCUUAAUGUCCGGAGGCGGGUAUCAACCCAGCAGCGUUAGCAACCCAAGUGCUCACCCGCAUCACAUGUCCGGGCAGAGCUUUACGGGUGUACCAGUUGGUGGGGGGCAAGGGCCGAUGUAUGGCCCGGGCGGACAGCCGGUUUAUGAGGCGGCGAGUAAUGCGGUGGGUGGACCGCAGGAGUUGAAUGCGAAUCAUAGGGGGCAGAUGCAUGAGUUGCAAUAGAUGGGAUACAGACAGGGAGAGAGAGAGAGAGAAAGAGGUGGUGGUAUAUACUUAAGUGGGUGUAUGAGGUGAAAGGGGGAGGAGAUUGAAGCUUACUGUUUAUAUGACAAUGAUGGAAUGAAUGGAUUGAAUGGAUCGGAAGGGAUUACAAUG